AAAAUAUCCUGAAUUUAGAAAAAGCAAAACGACAAAAAAGUAAAUAUAUCCAAAAAUAUUUUGGUUUCGUUCAAUAAAAUCCUUCCCCAUCCAGCCAUAAUAUUUCUUUUGAACUCCAAGAUUAUAGAGAGAGAGAGAGAAAAACUUCAGAGAUAAACAAACAAACACACAAAAAUGAAAAAUUGUGAACUUUGUGGGCUACGAGCUAGGAUGUACUGUGAAUCGGAUCGGGCAAGCUUAUGCUGGGACUGCGAUGAGAAAGUUCACGGCGCCAAUUUCUUGGUGGCCAAACACUCCCGCAGUCUUCUCUGCCAUGUCUGCAAUUCGCCGACUCCAUGGAUGGCCUCUGGUGCCAAGCUUACCCCCACGGUCUCUGUCUGCGAAAGCUGCGUUGAUUGUCAUAACAGAAAGUUCGAGCAAGGUCGUGGUGAUGAGAGCCAAGGCGGAAAUGAUGAGGAUGAGGAUGAGGAUGAAGACGAUACCGAGAACGACGACGAUAUUAGUGAUGAUGACGAUGACAAUGAUCAUGUGUUUAGUUUAAACGAAGAUGAAUAUGAUGAGGAUGGAGAGAACCAGGUGGUUCCAUGGUCGUUUUCAUGUUCGUGUCCACCGCCUAUGGCGGAAUCUUCAUCCGGUGGCGACGAGGAUAGGGUUUCAGAUUCGAAACGACUGCUAGAAAAUGCGGAUCUGCAUUCUGAUAAUGAAACCGGUUGUUCUCAGGCUAAUGAUGAAGCAACAUCUUCAGUUAGGCCAUCAAAUAAACGGCCAAGAUUGACUGAUGAAGACUGCCGAUCAUCCGUGAGACCUCUUGAUAAUGAUGCUGCUCAUGAUGCUGAUAGUGAUGGUCAUGAUCAAGAUCAUGAUCAUCACGAUGAUCAAACAGAGUCAAGAUCAACGGCGAUCAUAACUUCUCUCCAGAGGCUCCAAAAAGAUGUGAUCAGAGACGUUGAAAACGCCUCAAACACAAUUUUAGGGAUUUGCAAACUGAGCAGAGAUCAGAGCCGUUGAUUACUUAAUGAUACAAUCACAAUUUUCUUAAUUUUAGUAUGAGCAUGAGUACUCAUACCUUAACCAUACAUUACAUUUACACACAUAUGGCUUUGCUGGUUUUCCCUUCGGAUAUGUAUUGCUGCCAAGAUUAAUUUCUUUUGAUUAAAGGCAAUUAAUGUGUUCCCUUGUUCAGAACAUAAUCAUGCAAUCCAAAAACGACACCGUCAAGCCUUCAAAAGAAUCUCAUUAAGAAGUUGUUAUUAGAGCAUUACCAAAAAACAAAAAAGAAAAGCUUGACUUUUGACGGCCAGAAAUGAGGAGAGAGAGUACUUGUGUUUUCUUAGUUAGACAUGUGUGAAAACGAGGGGACAACUUGGAUGA